GUUCUGUUUUAGCGUUUUAGGUCUUUGGGGAGGCGAAGAAAGCCUUGGCUGUUUGAGGCUCAAGUGCAGUCCGAGCGUGCCAACAUGUUGUAGGCGGUCUUUUCCAGCUAUGUGAAGAUCCAUGUGCAGACUGACUCCUGUGUGAUGGAGAAGUAUGAGAAAAUUGGGAAAAUCGGAGAAGGAUCCUAUGGCGUGGUUUUCAAAUGCAGAAAUAGGGACACGGGUCAGAUGGUGGCCAUCAAGAGGUUUCUGGAAUCAGAAGAUGACCCUGUCAUCAAGAAAAUUGCCCUUCGAGAAGUCCGCAUGCUCAAGCAACUCAAGCAUCCCAACCUUGUGAACCUUCUGGAAGUCUUCAGGAGGAAGCGGAGGCUUCACUUGGUGUUCGAGUAUUGCGACCACACAGUGCUCCAUGAGCUGGACAGACAUCAGCGAGGGGUACCAGAACAUCUUGUGAAGAGCAUAACUUGGCAGACGCUGCAAGCUGUAAAUUUUUGCCAUAAACACAAUUGCAUACACAGAGAUGUGAAACCAGAAAAUAUCCUCAUCACAAAGCAUUCAGUUGUUAAACUCUGUGAUUUCGGGUUUGCUCGAUUACUGACUGUCCCUGGUGACUACUAUACAGAUUACGUGGCUACCAGAUGGUACCGCUCACCGGAGCUGUUGGUGGGGGACACACAGUACGGGCCCCCAGUAGAUGUUUGGGCAGUUGGCUGUGUCUUUGCUGAACUGAUGUCAGGAGUGCCUCUGUGGCCAGGAAAAUCAGACGUGGAUCAGCUCUACCUCAUCAGGAAAACCUUGGGGGAUCUCAUUCCUAGGCACCAGCAAGUCUUCAGCAAAAAUCAGUACUUCAAUGGGGUGAAAAUUCCUGACCCUGAAGAUACGGAACCCUUGGAAGUAAAACUCCCAAACAUCUCUCAUCCUGCCUUGGGACUCUUAAAGGGCUGCCUGCACAUGGACCCUGCUGAGAGACGGAGCUGUGAGCAGCUGUUGCAGCACCCCUAUUUUGAUGGCAUCAGAGAAACAGGGGGUGUGGUGCCAGAACACAACAAACCAACAAGGAAAAACUUAAGACAGAGCCGAAAGCACCUGCCUGGGAGGGAGGACAGCAGACUACAAUACCUACCCCAGCUAACCAGCAACAACAGUAUCCUUCCAGCUCUGGACAAUAAGAAGUACUACUGUAACACAAAGAAACUGAAUUACCAUUUUCCAAACAUUUAAGCAGCUAGGGGAUUACUGCUAAAGAAGGAAUUGAUCCACUCUUUAAAAAAGAAUGUUACACAUUUUGUUGAAAACAGUGACAAUGUUAGGAACACACCAGGAAAAAAUACAAACAACUGGGAGGCCACUUGGCAAGAGGUGGAGGGAAACUCCAGAUGUGCUGUUCCAUGCUUGAUUAGGGUGUCGAGAACAGAAAGGAAAGAUUUGUUUGGAAAAGCACUUUUAUUUUUGUUUAUCUAAGCAACCAAGUUUAUGGACAGAGUAUUAACUGUACCUACUGCUCAUAUGCCUGUAAAAUGGUGUCAAGAUUGGUAUUUCACUUACAUCACAUGCCCCAUGUGAAAUGUGGGCCACUGAAUGCUCAGGUGGGUGUCCUCGGAUGCUGUGGCCCUAAGCCUUACCUCCUGUGUUCAAGUCGUCUCUACAUCAAAUUGAAGGGGCGUUUUAGUUCCUAAAAUCAAAAUGAUUAAGUUCCCUUUCUUCUGCCUCUUAAUUUCUACUCUUUAGAACAUUUUUUGGAUACCUGUUUAAAACCUUUAAAAUCGCAUGGAUUACAUAGGCACUGUAUAAUUCAUUGCUGAUGGGCUUGAUGAUCCUGCUUACCUAUUCCUCUUCCCCCCCUUUGGUCAGCCUGGCAGACAGAAUGGACUGUAAUCCAUACAUUUACUGACCCAUUUAUGCUGGCAAACAGUGGCAUGAAGCUUGGCAGCUGACCUGAGUGGUCAAGGAGAACAAGUCCUACAGACUUUGCAGGAACUGAACCUGUCAGCCUGAACAUAAUUAAUACUUUUGUUUUCUCUGGCUCCGCCUCAGACUUGGAGACAGACCUGCAGGUAGAACUGUGUAUACUGAUUAGGGCUUUGGAAGGAACCUCAUCUGAGCUUCUGAGUCAUGAGGAUGUUAAUGUAACUUUGUGUUUUCCUUGAAACAUCUUUACAUUGAAUGUAAGUGUGUGUGUGUGUGUGUGUGUGUGUACAACACAUAUAUUCAACACAGAUAUAUGUAUACAUAUAUCCUACUUGCCAAGUAAUAUUUUACUACUAAGCUUUAAAUGAUGUUAUUGAGGAUCCUAAGCUUGUACAGUAAGACUUCAGUUGAUGAUGUAUAAUUGGCUUUAAUUUGGCCUACUGCUCAAUAGCUUUUUCAUCCUUGUGCCAUGGACACAAGGGCAACGUGACUCCAUGUCUGUUUCUUACACAUCAAUACCACUUCUGCUGCCAUAUGCUGCCACUGUUUCCUUGUAGCUCUCAGUCAUGGUUUGCAAAGUUGUAUCUUAUUGCAUCUUCAAAACAUCUUUCUUCUGCAUUUCUUCCAAUUUUCCUGUGGGCUCAUUUUCUUCAUGACAGUAUUGGGUCCCAUUCACUUCCUGCUGGGUAGUCCACCACAUUCUGGCAUCUGUCUAGUAAUUUGGGACACCCAGUUUGUUUAAUGUCAUCCUCAAGCUCCUUAAUUCAUACAGCAUAAGCCUCAGAGUGGAUUAAGGAAUAGUCCCAGUGUAAUUUAAUUCCUACUGUGCAACCUUGAUGCAAUGACAGGGAGGCAUACCCAGCUUCUACAAAUAGUUAACACUUGUAUUUGUCUUUCCUCUAACCCAAGAAAAUGCACUUGACAGAGGCAGAUGACUAUAGCUGCCCAAAGCACCUGGUAGUUUUACAGGAAACCAUUCAGAACAGAAACGAAGCUCUGCACUGAAUCAUAGUGAAUAGUUAUGUCAGCACACAGUAAUGAAACCAACUUGACAACAAAGGGCUCGGCAUUCUCCAGUGAGUUCUGAUCAGUUUAUGUUCAGUUUAACUAUAUCUGUAAUCCUUUUCUUCAGGCAUGGAAUCACACUCUAUCACAUGACGCUGUUUUACAACCCUGCCUUUGUUUUCUGUUUGCCAAUGGUAUUGAAUGAUGGGGGUAAUUAUGUUAGUAAACGCUAUAAAUUAUAUGCUGUGUACUAUUUGCAUAAGCUGGUUUCCAAAAACAACAAAUUCAUUUUUCUGUUUGAAAAA